UGAAAACUUUUUACAAAAUCCCUACAUCUAACCCCCUUUACCCACCCAGCCCUUCACUUCACCGACCUGGGUCUGUACCCACCCAACCCGGGGCUUCCCCAUACAUCCCCAAGCCCCAUCACCCAGGAACUCACCUUACCCCAACACUAUGGGACAACCACCGAGUGCGAGACCAACUUACCCCAACCAGCAGGGCUACCCUGGCCACCCCUACACCCCACCCAACCAAUACCUUGGUAUGAAACGUCCAGCUACUGACCAGUAUGGUCCCCCAAGCAAAUAUAUCAGACCUGAAAGCCACCUUUCCCAUUACCCCACCCCAGGGAAUUACCCUCAAAACCACCCUGCUUACGACCGUACCCGCCCUCGUUAUCCCUCAAGUGGGCCUUCGACCCCACAUGGGUCUCACCCCAUGUACAGAGGACCACUAAGGCGUGACAGGGGGUCUCAGCCAUCAGGAGGCUUUCCCAAACACGAUGGAGCAAGAUGGCCCCACCCUGGAGUCACCCAGCAAGCACAAAGUCCCGUACAGUUUCAGCAUAUUCAUAAAUAUUCAAUGGAACAAAGGAAAAGACAAGUGUACAGAUCCUCCAUGUUAAGAUCAGACAACUUGUUCCCCCCUGACUCAGUGGAAGCCACCCAACCUAAGAACUUCAGGUUCCAGAGGAAAUCCUGCAGAGAUGUUGGUGUACUAGAAGGUUGGAAAGUGAUCAUGGCAUUGAAGAGUGGUCUGCUAGUUGAAAGUACAUGGGCACUUAAUGUGUUAACAGUAUUGUUAUACGAUCAACAAACUAUAGCUCAGUUUAAGUUGGUUCAACUACCUGGGUUGCUCGAUGCUUUAGUGGAACAUUAUAGACGGUGUUUGUCGGCCAUCUUUACUUUAUCAAGCGAGCAACAAGCGUUAGGGGUCGCGAACUUUGACCCCACCCCUCACCCUGAGGUAAAAGAUGCAUUGGAAGAUGAAACAGCAGAUGUUCCAACUAAGAUGAAGACCAAUAAAGGGAAGAAGAAGAAAGGCCAAGCAAACGCGAAACUUUACGGGGUUUUCUCCGAACUCCCGAUCAAAGUUGAACCUCGAACCGACCCCUUCGUGGUUGAUCGAACGCACCAAUGGGAUUUCGCAAACAAGAUUGACUUAUCUGAUGACUUGUCGCACAUCAUCGUAAGUUUUCAACAAUCAACGGAAGCCACUCAAGUGGAACAUGACGAGAUCACUGAGCCGGAACAACCGAUCCGGGUCGUGGAAGCGACACUCGAGGAUGUUCUUUCCAUCCCUUGCUCCGUGCUUGCUCCUGAGGAUGAUGAUGUCAUCGAUGAUGUCACUACCCAUGAUGUCAUGACUGAUAAUAUCAUCAAAGAUAUCAAAAAGGAGGUUGCAGAAAAAUCUGAAGACAUUCCGGAAACUAAAACAAACAAUGAAAAAAUUGUUGCAAAUGGAACAGAUGAAAAUGAGAAAAUGGAUGUUUGUGAUGUCAUAAAGAAAACUGAUGAUCUCAUAACUAAUCCUGAUGUCACAAAGAAUGAUGACCUAACAAAGAAAUGUGAUGAUGUCACAAUAAAAACUAAGGAUGUCAUAAUGAAAACGGAUGACAUCACAAAUCACACUGCUGACAUCACAAAUACUACUGAUGACAUCAUAAAGAAAACUGAUGAUAUCAUAAAGAAAGUUCCUGAUGUCAUAAACAAGUUGAAUGAUGUCACCAACGAACAAAGUGAUGUCAUAAUGGCAGAAGUAAUAACAAAAGAAUCAGAAAAGUUAAUAAAAGAAGAAAAAGUUGAAGUUGUUUUGAAAGAAAAGCCCGUUUUAUGCAAUGGGUUGCAAACCAACCUAAUUUUGAACCAAGCUGAGGUAAAAGUUGAACAAGUUACAACGGAUUCGAAUAAAUUGAACGAUUCUCCGAGGUUGAGUUUGACUUCGAGGGUGGAGAAAGUCCUGGAGGAAAGGAAUGUCAUCUUGCUUGAAGAUGAAGCAGCAGGGAGCGAUGGGAGUCAAGUUGAUCUGCUCCUUGGUCCUGUGAUUCAUCAAGAUGUUUGCAAGAGGCAAGCGGAGGUUUCACGGAGGUUGGAAUGCUUGUCCAACAUCAUCCGUGGAUUGUCGUUUGUUCCAGGGAACGCAAACGAACUUUGUCGACAGCGUGAACUCAUGAGGGCGCUGUCUGGCACAUUAUUGUUGCGUCAUAAACACAGGACGAGACCCAGACACGCAUCACCGCACAGCGAAAGUUGCGACGAAAAUGAUGAGAAAUCGGACAAUCGCUCGUAUUAUUUAAACUCGGUCGGUUUAUCCGGGAAGAAGAGUAAAAAGUCAGAUCUUUUUGCUCCGGAAGACAAAACUGAGGGUCCGCGACAGCGUAGACUCUUUAGCGCCACCGUGCUCGAUUCUGAUGAAAACACGGAGGUGUAUACUGCCCCCUGGUGGUGGGAUACGGUUCGAAGGGUUAGGGAAGACUCACUUGUCAUCUUAUCAAACAUUGCGCACUCGGUGGACCUCUCGGAGCUUCCUGACGACCAUGUUGCUAUGGCGGUGUUGGAGGCGUGCCUUCAUUGGUCCGUUUGUCCGUCGUCCGAUGCUUCAGAUUCCUUUUCAUCGUCAAGGUCGAGGCGCAUGUUAUCCCCACAAAGGUUGGCGUUGGAGAUCCUCACAAAACUCAGCAUCAAGGAUCAGAAUGUUGACCUUAUACUUGCUACACGACCUUUUAGUCGGAUAGAAAAGUUGUUUGGAUACUUGGUAAACUUAAUAUGCGAUCGUAAAGACCAAACCCUUCGUGAGUUUGCAAUCGUCUUAAUAGCAAACCUGGCAGGGGGUGAUACAGUGGCAGCUCGUGCUAUAGCUUUACAGAAAGGAGCAAUAUCCGGCCUUAUUUCAUUUCUUGAGGAAUGCGAAGAGACUGGAAUGUCAAAUCGAAGAAUGUUUUCCGCCGUCCAACAAAAUAUUAACUGUGGCACAAUAGAGUUUAUGAUGAUCAAGUGUUCGACAACUAUUCUGUGUUUGGCUAAACUGGAUGAGAACAGAUCAUCGUUUGUGAAGUAUCAACUACGAUUGUUAUCAUUAUCGAUGUCACAAAUACUCGACCCCAAGGUUGUUCGGAUAAUGUCCUCUGUUUUAUACGAACUCAGUCAUGAUAGCUCGUGACUGCCACCAUGAGGUCACCACGCUGAUGCCAACUUAUCCACACGGUGACGAAGCAGAGCGAGCAUAUUUCAGGGUCAAUCGUUGCCUUUUCGUCAAAUUUUCAACUUUAUGCAUCGCAGCCUGCUGCUUGUCGAUUCUUUCAUCACAAUGGGAAUUAUUACUGUGAUCUCUCCAACCAUAGGCGCCAGACGUGGGGUGGCAGGGUGUGCAGGUCCACCCCCAGGAUCUCCGCACUGCAUUAAUCAGUGAGCAUUUCAACCAAUGAGGUGAAAUAUGUUUCACAUGAUGGUGCAUCUAACUACCCCUGCCUCCCCUGCAUUUUGGAAAGUUAGGUGCCUAUGUCUACCAUUGUCCGCUGCCAUAAGAGAUAAUCACAAAGGUGGGGAAAACCCCCAAUAUGACACCGGUUGUGCAAUAAAUGGGGAGGAUUUUUUUUCAAUGAAUUACAAAUCAGAAAAUUGGAAAAUCAUUUCGCUAUUACUGGUUUAUAUUGUUUCUAUUUUUGCGUUCAGUUCACAGUUUCUCUCAUAUGAGGGAAAUACCCUGUGCCAUGUCACCCGACUGUUUGUGACGUCAUUGUACCUCAUUGUUGCAUUAAUAAAAUGUGAAGGACGGUCAAUA